AUGUAUUCUUGGCCGAAUUACGAUGUUUUGGAUGAUUGGACGCGAGAAGAGAAGCCUGAGUAUGGAUCGGGCGAUGAGGAGUCGAGUUCGAGGAGUCCGUCGAGGGUGAGGGUCCGAAGGUUGAGUGAGCCCGCUGCGGUGGAAGGGAGAUUGAGGUUUAGGGGACAAUGGUCCGGUAACCCGAAACCGGAGGAGGAAAGGCCGUGGAGGUUUACGUUUUUCUCGGAGAGUGUUGGUGGGACGGUACAUUCGCCGUCCAUGUCUGAUAUCCUCCGUGAGGGCGAGAGGUGGGAGGACGUAUUGGGCAAGGAUACGGGAUUAUGGUGGCUCGAUGUGAAUCAGCCUACCGAUUCCGAGAUGAAGAUGCUCUCCAAAGCCUUCGGUAUCCAUCCCUUGACCACCGAAGACAUCAGUAUGGAAGAGACGCGAGAGAAGGUCGAGUUGUUCCGGAAUUACUACUUGGUCAGUUUCAGGAGUUUUGAGCAGGAUCCUGCAAGUGAGGAUUAUUUGGAGCCGGUGAACAUGUACAUCGUGGUAUUUAGGGAUGCGGUUAUCUCGUUCCAUUUUACGCCUACGCCGCACCCAGCAAACGUCCGUCGACGUAUUCGGCAUUUGUCUGAUUACAUCACCGUAUCUUCAGAUUGGAUCUCAUACGCUCUUAUCGACGAUAUCACUGACGCGUUCGCUCCGCUCAUUCAUCGUAUCGAAUACGAAGUCGACGCAAUCGAUGACGUUGUCCUGAAGAUGCACUCUGGAUCCGACGAGUCUGAUUCCGAAGACGAAGGAGAAAAUGGUGGAAACAUGUUGAGGCGCAUCGGCGAGUGCAGAAAGAAGGUUAUGGGUCUUUUGAGGUUGUUGGGGAGUAAGGCGGAUGUCAUCAAGGGGUUCGCGAAGAGGUGCAACGAGCAGUGGGAUGUUGCGCCUCGAAGCGAGAUCGGGUUGUAUCUCGGCGAUAUUCAGGAUCAUAUCGUUACCAUGACCCAAAACCUGAACCACUACGAGAAGAUGUUGUCGCGAUCACACUCCAACUACCUCGCCCAAAUCUCCAUCAACAUGACCCGCGUCAACAAUGAAACGAACGAUGUCCUCUCGCGACUCACGGUCCUUGGUACGAUUCUCGUUCCGCUUAACCUCGUUACGGGAUUAUGGGGUAUGAACGUCGAAGUGCCUGGACAGAACCAUAGUGGGUUGAGUUGGUUCUUCGGGAUCUUGAGUAGUUUGGCGGCGUUUGCGAUUUUCUCGACGAUCAUGGCGAGGAGGUAUGGAGUUGUAUGA